AUGGCAGACCCCCCUGGCUGCUGCCGCCCCUGUGCCACCUGCCUGCUCUGCCUCUACAGCUGCCAGUGGAUCACCGCCAAGAAGGAGAAGAGGAAGGGCCUGAGAACCACCAAGUGCGACUGCAGCUGGUUCCUCUUCCUCUUCUGCGUCUUCCUCUUCACGCUGGUGUGGCUCUACUUCGCCAUCAUCAUCCUCAAUGAUUUCCACAACUUCAAUGAGUUCAUCUUCAAGCAGAGGAAGUUGUGGCUAGACUGGUCCCUGGUCUUGCUCAUAGCUACGGCUGUGCUGAUCACCUACUCAGCUGUGCUGCUGGUCCUUGCUUUGUGCUUGCAGCUCUGCGGCCAGCCCUUGAAGCUACACUGGCUGCACAAGACCCUGCUGAUCUUAACUGCCCUGGUGGUGGCUGCAGCCUUCACAGGGCUGGGAAUAAAGUGGGCGGAGGAGUGGAGAAGUGCACGUAUCUCCCUGCAGGCAACAGGUCCCUUCCUGCACAUUGGAAUUGUGGGGGGAAUGACGCUCCUUGCCUGGCCCCUGGCCACCUUCAUCUACCGCACCCGCAGCACAGGUCUCAAGGUGUUUCUGCUGCUUGUGUACUGCGCAGUGAUGAUCGCGCUGUAUCUGGCUCCCCUGGGAAUUGCCUCCCCUUGCAUCAUGGAGGAGAACCAGCUGCCCCCCAAGCCAGCCCUGGUUGGCCACCGAGGAGCCCCCAUGCUGGCCCCCGAAAACACCCUCAUGUCACUGCACAAGGCGGUGGACUGUGAUGUGCAAGUCUUUGAGACAGACGUCAUGGUGAGUGCUGACGGGGUCCCGUUCCUCAUGCAUGACGAGGAACUCACCAGGACCACCAACGUGCAAGCUGUGUUCCCUGAGAGGGCUGCCCUGAACAGCACCACCUUCAACUGGACAGACCUCCAGCAGCUGGAUGCUGGCAGCUGGUUCCUGGAGCGGAGGCCGUUUCCCACUGUGCAGAGUCUUUCUGCUGGCGAUCGCUACCGGGUAACUAAACAGAGGAUCCCAUCCCUGGAACAGGCACUAGAGGCAGCCAAGCAGAGCAAUAUCUCCAUCAUGUUCGACCUCCGGCCUGAGAACCACAGUGACUACCAGAGCUUUGUGAAUGCCACCCUGGAAGUGAUCUUACAGUCGGGCAUCCCACUACAGCAGGUCCUCUGGCUGCCGGAUGGGUUCAGGGAACAGGUCAAACAGCAAGCCCCAGGCAUUCAGCAAGUUUACGGCCGGAAGAGACUCCAGAAUGAGAAGGAGCCACUGCUGCAUGUCAAUCUGCCCUACCAGGACAUGAGCUCUGAGGAGAUCAGGCAGUACCGCCAGGACAACAUCUCUGUCAACUUGUACGUGGUGAACCAGCCCUGGCUCUUCUCUGUGCUGUGGUGCUCUGGGGUGAGCUCUGUCACCACCAACGCCUGUCAGGUGCUGAAGGAGAUGAAACACCCCAUCUGGCUGCUUCCCAGCAGCACGUACCUCAUGAUCUGGAUUGUUGCAGACUGCUCUUCCUUCCUUGCUAUCCUCUGGGCCUUCCUCUUGCUGAAGAAAUGCUCCCAGAGGAGACAGCCAGUGGAGUCUGAGACGGAUGUGCUGCUGACAAAGAUCAACAGCUUGAUGCAAGAGUGA